AUGACUAAGAUCGGAACACACGAUGGAACCUUCCACUGUGACGAAGUCUUGGCAGUUACAAUGCUUCGCCAACUACCCGAAUACCGUGACGCUGAGUUGGUGCGAUCUCGUGACCCAGGCAAACUCAACGAAUGCGACAUUCUCGUAGACGUAGGUUCUGAAUUCGAUCCAGUGAGACAUCGCUACGACCACCAUCAGCCAUCCUUCAACAAGACCAUGCGGGACUUACAUCCGGGUCUGCAGCCCGAAGUGAAGCUAAGCAGUGCCGGUCUGGUGUACGCCCACUUCGGCAAACGCGUCCUCGCGGAGGUCGCGGGCCUCAAAUCCGUCGACGCGCCUGAAGUGGCCGUCCUCUUCCGCUCCGUGUACUCCACCUUCGUCAGCGAGGUGGACGCAAUCGAUAAUGGCGUGCCGAUCGCCCCUGUACCUCCCACGUAUUCUAUUCACACUGGUUUGAGCGCGCGAGUGGCACACCUAAACCCCUGUUGGAACAGACCGGACGAAAACGAGACGGAGUGCUUCAACAAGGCCUGCAAGAUGGUGGAGGAGGAGUUUGUGUCGAGGGUCCGCGGCCUCGCCGACACCUGGCUACCGGCUCGGGAGGUGGUGCUGAAGUCACUGCUCGCCCGGCACUCGGUGCACCCGUGUGGACUCAUCCUCCGAAUCGACCGCCCGGUGUGUCCGUGGAAGGCGCACUUCUUCGACCUCGAGAAGGAGAUCUUGGGCGUCAGUGAGGAGGCGUCGGCGGAGGCCAGGGACUUCAAGGGCCGACCUGUGUUCGUCAUUAGCGAGAGGAAUGAGGGCGGGGAGUUUGCAGUCACGGCCAUUCCACGCUCCCGGGACGACCCGUUUUCCCUGAGGGUCCCCUUGGUGAGUGCGUGGGCUGGAAAACGCUCCGAGGAGCUGAGCAAAGCCGUGGGCCUUCUGGACUGCGUUUUCGUCCACUCCAACCUCUUCUUCGGCCUGCACAAGUCCUUCGACGGAGCCCUGGAGAUGGCAUUGCGCUCGCUCAGGGCCGCUGGAUACGUCUGA